GAAUUAAUUGAACACAUUAAGGCUACAUCUCCAGCUGGAGCUUCUGUGAACCAAAACAUACAUUUCUGUCAAGAAUACAACUCUAAACGUUUCCGUAAAUUUGAUUACAGCAUUGUACGUAACCCAUACGAAUAUGGCACUAUGUAUCCACCAAAUUACAAGCUUAAAAACGCUAAAGCUCCAGUACUGUUGUACUAUGGUGCUAACGAUUGGAUGUGUGAUGUUUCUGAUGUUCGACAAUUGCGUGAUGAAUUACCAAAUAUGCAAUUGGACUAUUUGGUGCCAUUCGCUAAAUGGGCACAUCUGGAUUUCAUUUGGGGUACCGAAGCUAAGAAAUAUGUUUAUGACAAAGUAUUGGAGGAAAUGGAACAAUAUGAAUAGAUUAUUUGAUUUAUAUAAUAAAUAUUGAAAAAGUAA